AUGGCUGCGACCACGGGAGCAGGUUGGAAGUCAUGUUUGUGUGUGCACUUAGUAAUAUUUGCCUGGUAUGUUUUUACUCUGUGGCAAAAUUGCUCCUUGGAAAUUUCGGACAGGCAUCCAGGUGCCCGAUCGUACGGAGGCCGAUGGAAAUACUUGACUUUUAUUAACCUGGUAAUGCAGACGGUCUUUUUUGGUGUAUGUGUUUUAACCGAUCUGAUUCACGUCGUGCUGCCCAAUAAAAAAACACGCAGUGGGCUUCCCCUGCUGCUGACCAAAAUAAGAGACGUUUUCUUCACCGUGUUGGCUUUUCCAGUUGGCACUUUUGUAUUUCUCUCGUUUUGGUCCAUCUACGCCUAUGAUCGCGAGCUGGUGUUUCCCAAAUUUCUGGACGACAUUAUUCCAGCCUGGCUGAAUCAUGCCUUACACACUGUGAUAUUGCCCUUGGUUCUAGUACAGACAUACCUUCAACAGCAUAAAUAUCCCAGUUGCAUCAAUGGCAUCCUUGGUUUGGCUCUGUUUUCUUCUAUAUAUUUAGCAUGGGUUCUGUGGGUACACCAUGUGUCAGGGAUCUGGGUUUACCCCAUAAUGGCUCAUCUUAGCCCCAUGGGCUUAUGUCUGUUCCUGGCUGCAGCUGCUCUCACUAUGGCUCCCCUUUACCUGCUUGGAGAAAAGCUCAGUCAUAAGAUCUGGACAACAACAGGAAACCAGAAAAAGAAAAACAAGUAGCGACAUAUCAACAAGGAAAGUGAUCUGUGUAUGCUGUAACGAGUUGGACCAGUAAAGACCUCUUAACUGAGGGAGAAUCCAGUCAAUACAAAGCAAUACUGUUAAUCUAUUCCAGCAGGGCUUGGCCAGCCCCACCUGAUGUUUGUGCACCUUCAUCUAUUUUGAAUGAAAAUGUUUUACCCAUGUAUUUCCUAUUCCAGUACAUGCUUCAACUCCGUGUUGAUGCACAUUCUCUACUGAAGUUAUGGCACUCACAUAGUAGCAUAUUAAUAUAUAUAUAUAUAUACUGUAUUUGGGUGUUUUCAUGUUUUUUUUCCCCCUUGUUUAUGAAAUUCAAGUUGCUGUAAACUCUCAAAAUGCUGUUUUGGAACGUAUGGGAAGGAUUUUAAGGGCCAGUUUAAGUAGUGAAUUAAUUGCAAUAAUUAUUUUAUCAAAGAAAUUCAUAUAUAACAAAUACCAAACAAAGAUGGUUAAUGAAUUAUG